GAGUUUUUUUUUUUUUUAAAGAUAAGAUGGAAGAGUUGGUUGAUGGAUGUGCUUGCUGUCUUGCUUACCAAUGGUUGCAAAGCAGGAGCUGGAGGAGCGUGGUGGCUCACACGGUCUUUUUCGGCAUGAGGUCCUGUGUCGAACGUUGGCUGACAAUAACUGUGACCUUCUGACCAUCACAUCCAUGAAUGGAAGUGAUGACGUCAUCACGAAACGCAAAGGUGUUGUCAUCACAGGGAGGGUGCACCCGGGAGAGACAAAUGCUAGCUGGAUGAUGAAGGGUGUAAUUGAUUUCUUGACUGGAAAUAGCCUCGACGCCAAGAUCCUCAGGGACAACUUCGUCUUCAAGAUUAUUCCGAUGUUGAAUCCAGAUGGUGUUGUCAACGGAAACUACAGGUGCUCUCUGGCAGGCGUUGAUCUCAACCGUGUUUGGCUGUCCCCAAGUAGGAGGCUGCAUCCAACCAUCUUCCAUGCCAAGGCCAUGAUUGAGCAGUUUGUUGCAGAGCAGGAGGUGGUCCUCAUUUGUGACCUCCAUGGACACUCGCGGAAAAAGAAUAUCUUUUUGUAUGGGUGUGAAAACAGCAGCAGCAAGAUACCGCUGUUUGGUGGGACAGCGCCAAGUGAACCAUCGGGGUUAUCUUUGGAAGAGGCUGCCAUAAAACUGGGCCCAUAUGGAACUGCAUUUGCUCCACAACUUCUUGAGAGGAUAUAUGCUCAGCUAUUAGCCAAGAACGCUCCAGAUAUUUUCAGCUUUGCCGAUUGUUGCUUCGAGGUCCAGAAGUCGAAAGAAUCGACAGCUCGCGUGGUCUGUUGGCGCGAGUUUCAACGGCUCAACAGCUUCACGCUGGAGGCUUCCUUUGCCGGAUCGACUGUGGGUGAUCAUAUCGGAAAGCAUUUCACAACACGCGAUUUCGAGUUCAUGGGAAAAAUUUUGUGUGAGACGCUCUUGGACUACUGCAAUCCAACCGACAGGUCGGCGGUGCAAAGAGCGGCCAGGGAAUUGCUUGCAAUUGUCGCGCUACGGUCAUUGCCAAGUGCAGGGGAUAAGGAAAUGGAUAGCGCCACUGCUGGCGCUGCAGUGGCUACGGAUCCAAUGGAUGGGGCGUCAGACUCAGAUGGAGAAAGUAGCUCAUCGGGAGAAAGGAUAUUGAACAUAGUGCAUAACAACAAUAAUAGCAGCAUUAAGAAGAGUGGGAUGUUGCUUCCUCUUCAGGUGGUUCCCACAAGAGUGGGUAUCUUGCCUGAUUUGCAGGUCACCGGAAAAGGGGUGUUCAUGAACAGGGGGCAAGGAGGUGGAAGUGCCAUGGGACUUGCUGGAGGGAGUGGCGAGCAAGGCGUCGGAGCAGUAGGAUCAUCCACCUUGGUGGGGGGAGGAGGGGGAGUCGGCUAUAAUCAUGGUAUGUUGGGCAAUCAAGCUGCUGUAACAGGGUCAGGAGCAGGACCAGUUUUGGCUGGGAUAUCUGGACCCGGCUAUAUGGCCGAUUGCUCUGCUGCUGUAGCGGCGGCGGCGGCGGCGGCGGCAGAGGGGGAGGGGAGUUUCAAAAUAGGACAGCAGCAUUCACACGGGCAUGAUCAUACGCACAAGGCGAAGAAAAGACCAAAACGGAAACGGACAAGCCGCAAGGCCUUGGCGGGCAUUCAUCAUCAUGCAGCUCCCCUCGACCAUGCCAUGCUUGUGGCGGCCAUGUCGGCAGAUCUCAUCUCCCGUUCCACAGCAGAUAUCCUGGGUAUGCUUGGCAAUGGGGUUGCUCGGCCAUCAUUCAAUGGCGGAGGAGUAGGAGGGGGGCUAGGAGGCGGGCUUGGAGGGCGUAAACUGUUGGAAGACCUAAGUGCGAGGAGCCCACGAAAUAGGAACUCGCUAGAGAGUAUGCUCAUACAGGGCUGUCAAGCUGCCACAGCCUCGUCUCGGCUUUGCAGGCCCUUGUCAGGGGUGCCGUCCGCUCAGCGACCUUCAGUUGCUGCUCCUGCUCCUGGUCCAGGAUUCAGUCCUGGUUCCACUGCUGGUCUUGGUCCCGUUUCGAAUUGCGCUGCUGCUGCUGCUGCUGCACCUGCUGCUCCCGUUCCUCUUGGUGUGUUAACAAGUUCAAAUAGUGUACCAGGCUUUUCAGAUGACCACGAUGGAUAUGGCCGCUCCGGUCAUGACUUAUCGACAUGCGGUGUGUUGUCAGCUCACGGUAUGGACGCCAACAACCGCAGAUCAUCCAGGUUGCACCAUGUGCCAGCGGCUGGACCAGGUGCAGAGGGACUGUGUGGUGUAAAUAGCCCGUGGAGAGAGAACGCGAUCACGAGUGGGCGAGUGCCUGCGCUUGGAAGCGGCGGGCUGAUGCCAUUGCUCAGCAGCAAACCAACCUUUGGUGCAUCUUUGGGUCCAGGUUCAGGCCAGCCUUGUUCUGCUAUUGUUCCUCCAAGUGUUUGUGUUUCUGUUCCAACUGGUUCAUCAACUGGACCUGCACAAAGUACAACGGCAUCUGUUCCGUCUCCUCAAGAUUCUGUGACAGACACCACGUCAACCACAGCUACCUUAUUGCCGGACAAGCAAGUCACGUCAAUCGCAAUCGACAGCAGCAGCAGCAGCAGUAGCAGAGGAGGAGGAGGAGGAGGAGAAGGAGGAGGAGGGAGUGGAGGGGUUGGAGGAGGUGCAGGAAGUGAGAAUAGUGAUCCGAUAAGCCGAUGGGGUGUAUAUCUACCCGUUGCGCACUCUGGUCUAAGUCUGAGAACAGGGCGACCGGCAAGUGGGAGGGGGGGUGCUGGUUUGCAGAGCCAGAGUGGUAGGAACAGCUCCACCAACCUCAAUCUCCCAGACAGAGCAUCGUUGCUGCCAGGCCCGAUUACCCAGCUGCUACAUGAGAACCAACCUCCAGCUAAUCAUCCUCAUCAGCAUCCUCAUCCUCAGAGUCAAAGCAACAGUAGCAUUUACAAAAGCAACAGCAGCAAGAGCAGCAGCAAUACCAGCAGCCGAGGCGGCAGCAGCACUGCAAGGUAUGCUAUAGUUGGAGGCCUUAGCUUGCAUAACAUUGGGUGCGGUUGGCAUCGACACGUCGGCAAUUCCUGGCUACGACGACGACUUCAUGCCAAGCCACAUGCCACAUGAGCAAUCGGUCAGUCAGUCAAUCAAUCAAUCAAUCAAUCAAGCGGCAAGCAAUCG